UCAGUGAAGCAUUGAAAGUUAGACAGUCAGUGGGAUAUUGUAGUCGGCUAAGUGUGGAUGGUAUUGGAGAGGCCUCUGUUAAUGUUUUCUCUGUAUCGGAUAGUUCUCAGUUCGCAAUCAGUCUCAGAGCGGAUUAAUUCAUUGAAGUAUUGUUUGGAUAUUCCUAGCUGUUUAAAUAUAGCUUUGAGUAUUUAAUAUUUUGAGGAGUAUUUAACAGUUUAAUUAGUAAUUUGUGAACAAUUGUUCGAUGUUUUAAAAUGUGUGUAUGUGUAUUCCACACAUGACUGAAAUGUAAACUAAAGGCUUGAACUGUUGUAGAAUGACAUUGUCUGGAUAAUAAAACAUUGGAGGAUUUAUUUCAGAGAGAGAUUAAGGUUGGAGUUAAGUGGAUUACAGAAUCAGUAUCUAGCAUCAAAUCUCUACUCUGGUAUAGAUGUCCAGUUAGAUAGUGUUGACAGGAUUAUUUGAUCAAAAUGUUCGGCUUUAGAUAACAACCACAAAAUCCUCCUAUUUUAACAAAAUCUUGCUUGGUUUAUAAAGACGUUUUCUUAAUUUUGUUGUUAUUUUGAGUUAACUGCUGGGCAGUGAUGGAUUGAUGUCAAUGAUAAAAUGUUCGUUUGAGCCACAAGAAAUAGCACCUUUGUUUUCAUCUAGGUCGGCAGUUGAAAGAUAUACAUUGUUUUGGUUUUUUUCAUUGUUCAACCUGGAUUUGUUGAAAACUUCAUGGGAAACGAAUGACAAAUACUUAAGUUUUUGCUUGUAAGAAAAAAUCAAGAGAUAGAAAACGGAGUAAAAUCUCGGGAGAUGAGUUGUUUGUGUUAACUGUAUGCAAUGUGUGCGCUUAGGAAAGUAUGCAUGAAGAAAGAACGUACUUUGGGAAUAAUGAUGGAAAUACACAGAUUUCGCUUUGUUACAUUGACUUUUGUCAUGUUAUAUUGUGCAAUUUUUGGAGUUACUCAGGGUGUUUCAGCAGAAAUCAAAGAAGAAAAAGAAGGUGAUUUUGGGUUUGAUGGAAGAGCAGGAUUACUUGGAGGACCAGAAUUUUUACAGGAACCAGAAGAAAUCUAUUAUGUUACGAGAACUAAACCAGUAACUAUAACUUGUAAAGCUACAGGGGCAGUGCAGAUAUCAUUCAAAUGUGCCAAGUCUUGGAUUAAAGAGCGUUAUUAUACAAGUUUAAUGUCAGUAGACCCUUUGACGCAAAAAGAAAUUGUAGAGACAAGUUUUACAGUGACUAAAGAUGACGUAGAUGAUUAUUAUGGGUCUGGUGGAUACUGGUGCGAUUGUUACGCUUCUGAUCAACCAAUAGAAAAUCCUGGAGCCAUUAUUGUCCAAAGCAAAAAACGUGGACUUGUUGAAAUUGCAUAUUUGAAAAAAGCAUUUUCAGAUCCACCGCAUGGAACUAGAGUGGAAUUGAAGGGUCAAGCUUUGCUCCGAUGUUUACCACCAGAUGGAAAACCACUGCCAGAGGUAUUCUGGCUGAAGAAUGGCAACGAGAUAGAUGCACAGAGCGAUAUCAACUUCAUUAUUGCCAGUGAAGGCAACCUAAUCAUCAACCAAGCAAGACUUAGUGAUGCGGGUAACUACACGUGUGGUGCCCGCAAUAUGGUCAGACAUGUUCACAGCAGAACAGUACAGCUUGUUGUCUAUGUGAAUGGUGGUUGGUCGACAUGGUCACAGUGGACAGCGUGUUCGGCAUCAUGUGGGCGUGGCAUACAGAAACGGCAGCGUUCCUGCAGCAAUCCAGCACCCAAAGGUGGAGGAAAUGGUUGCCCUGGGGAAUCUGUCCAAAGAGAAUCAUGCACUUCAAUAUGUCCAGUGGAUGGUUUAUGGAGUCACUGGUCUUCCUGGUCUACAUGUAACACUGACUGUAUCCAUCAUCGUCGCAGAGCCUGUGAUAAACCAUCACCAGCAAAUGGUGGUGUGUAUUGCCAUGGUAACGACCUUGACACCCAGAACUGUACCAAUGGAAUGUGCAGAGAUGCACAUGGGCCUAUUAUACUCAAUGACAACAACAAAGCCGUACCAACAGCAACAAAUGUUGCUGAUGACAUAGAUUCUUCUGUUACUAAAGAUACGUCUGGACCAAGUGACGUGGAGCCAACCGGACAAGACGAGACGGAGGAGGCUGAGAGCAACGAAAAUAUCACCAUAUAUAUUGCACUGUGUGUCGCCAUUGCCGUUUUCAUCAUCGUCAUCGUUGUUAUCAUCAUCAUCGUGAGGCGCCGCAACAACCAACAAAACAGAAGUGAUAGAGAUCAUUUACCCAAUGGAGAUAUUCAUGGACAUUUGCAUACACAUGAUGAAAAGAAGAUGAAAAAUGAGACUUUGUUGUCAGCUUACCAACCGGACCUGACACAAGUGACGGUUCCGCCACCCUCUACCCCACUGGAUCAUCCAAACAAUAAUCAUAUGCAGCGUGUCAAUUCUUACGAUAAAAUGCCUCCCACAUACGCAGAAAUCAAAGAAAAUAGACUUAGUGCCCAGUUGGGAAAUGGUGUUCCAAAUGGUGUGAAAAUUAUUGACCCCACACCAAAUAAUAUGUUGACACAUAAUUCAUCAAUGGAUCAGUUAGCAAGGAAGAAUGAUAAAAACAAUAUGGUGAUAGUAAAUCCGGUAAACUCCGGAAGUCCACGUGGAAGCGAGAAUGAAAAUGUUAGAGACAGUCGUGGAUCUUUGAAUUCUGUAGAACUGCCUAGUCACAUAGACACAGAUGCUGUGACAUGGAGUACAUUUGAUCACAGGGGUGGCAGGUUAUCACUACCAGAGUCUGGAGUGACCCUGCUCAUACCAGAAGGGGCCAUUUGUAGGGGUAAAACGGAGGAAAUUUAUAUGGCUGUCUGCAGAGAUGACAAAGAUAGACCAAAAUUAUCAGAAAAACAGACUAUACUUAGUCCAAUAGUUUUAUGCGGUCCAACAGGGAUGAUGUUAAAGAAGCCUGUUGUGUUGUCUGUACAACAUUGUGCUAGUAUGCGCCAGGGAGGCUGGAAACUCUCUGUCUGUUCCAGUAGCACUCCGCUAGAGGAACCACCACAGUGGCAGGUACAACAUGAUUAUUUGGCUGUCACCUUGGGUCAGGAAACAAUUAACACACAAAUCUACACACAAAUAGAUGCUACACAUUGUCAUCUUAUGACAGAAUUUUUACAACGCUACGCUCUGAUAGGUGAGCCGGUAGCCCAGGGUCGUGCUGUGAAGAUCCUGCGACUGGCUGCAUUUGCACCUUCACUACCUCCAUCAAUGGAUUUCAGCAUCCGAGUGUAUGUUGUAGAAGACACACCUGAUGCAUUAGAGGGAGUUAUGCAAGUUGAACGUCGUUUAGGCGGGCGGUUGUUAGACAAACCGAAACAGAUUCCAUUCCAAGACGGUGGACAUAACCUGUGUCUGACAAUCGAGGACCUUGGUAAUGGAUGGAGAAGUAAACUUGCCGCUAAUUAUCAGGAGAUUCCUUUCCGGCACAUUUGGAGUGGGAACCAGAACAACCUACAUUGUUCGUUCUCAUUAGAGAUGGUGGAACGUGUACAGGAUGUUAUACGCUGUAAGAUUCAGGUGUAUCAAAAAGCUAUCCUCAGUAAUAGACAAGUGCUCAAAAUCAACACUAACUUUAAAGAGCCACCAACAUGCUCUAGCCCAGUAGCAAACACAUUGAAAGGGCGGUCAUCUACAGUCACAUCGGCAACAAACUCUAGUUCUGGUGUCAGUUCAGUGGUAAAUGUGGAUACUUCAACAGCGGCAUCCCGGCUGCCAUCACAUAUAAGACAUCAGCUGUGUGUGCUAUUAGAUACACCUUGUGCUAGGGGGAAUGACUGGAGAAUGCUGGCUCAGGCAUUAACUGUAGAUAGAUAUAUAAAUUAUUUCGCAACAAAAACGUCUCCAACAGAACAUAUAUUAGACUUGUGGGAAGCAAUACAUCGAGAAGACACUGCGGUUACAGACUUAAUGAAUAUCUUACGUGUAAUGGGUCGCUUGGACGCUGCAGCGGUGCUUGAAAAAGAUAUUGGCUCAUGGUUAUGAACCAUUUGUGUUCCAUUUGUCAGAAAAUAGUGAAAUUAAAAGUGAGCAAUUCACUCUAAAAAUAGUUACAGUUUUGAAAGUUGUAAUGUGCAGAGUUGUCUCCCUUGUGAAACAGCAGUGGAUGAGAGGGAGAGCUGAAAUAGUUUGCUUUAUGACUAAAUAUAGCAGUAGUUAUGCUAUUCAGUUACACUGAAUCUAACUGUAGCCAAUUCUCACUUCAAAUAAAAGGUCUCGCAAAUUUUGGUGAACUGAAAUAUUCACAAAGAUUUCUGGAAUAUUGGAGUGAAGAAGUAGUUGCAUCCUAACAGAAUGUGCUGUUGUUGAUGACCAGAUCUUAUGAGAAAAUGGACUCAAAUGAGAAAGGAUCAAUGAAUAAACGUGCAGACCAAAAGUCUGCUUCUUGUAUGUCUCAUGGUGAACAAAGGAAAAACAGAGAAAAAUCCAGAUAAGGACUGGUUCUAUGCAAAGUGUGAUAUCUGCAAUAUAUAAUCACAUCUUGUUUGAGAAAACUGCUGACUAACGUGUCAAUACAUGGAUCUGAUGUUAUGAGAACGGCUUAAAGCUGUGCUGGAACUAUUUAAUUACCAUUUAUAUGUUUUGUAAAUGGAGACUUUUUUUCUUUAAGUCUGUGAUCUAUAAAUAACUAGCAUGAGAAAUUUAUAUCCUAUUUUGUAUAGAUACAUUUUUUGUGGAGUUUGUCUUGUGUUGUUUAUUUUUUCGCAUUUGGUUAUUGUGAUGAGUCUUUGAACAAAGGUAUCCAUGGAUUUCAUUGGGCAUUGUCAGAUCUUGUUAAAGCUAAUGCCAAACUUGUGAAUUUUUGUUAUGUUCAGUACAAAUUUCUUGACAAAUACAAAAAAAAUGAAGACCAAAUAAUAUCUGUUUCUGUUUUUGAGCCUGCAUCAUUUGGGCUUGAGCUUAUAUAUUAAAAUCUACAUGCAAAGUUAAAAGUUAUUCCAUACGUGUAAUAAACUUGGAGUAAAAUUGAGUGCUAUGCAUGACUAGAAAAUGCUUUUUAAGCUUUAUAUGCAAAGUUGGAGAACAGUUUUACAGUUUAUGCAUAAACGGGGAAAAUACUUUACUUGUUUACUAUGCAUAGAUGACCAUAUUUUAUGCAACUUAAACAUACUAACACAUGCAACAGGAUUAAUUGUGCUUAAAACUAAAAAUAAAUGUGCUUACAAUUUUCGAAAAUGCUAUGUAUGCAUUUUCAAUAGGUUAUUGAAUUAUCCAAGAAUCUGUAUGGAAAAUGACACGAAUGUAUUUCUUAUUAUUUUUGAAAAAUAUUCUAUAUGGUUUUUUUCUGGCUCUAUAUUGUUUUUAACACUGGAAAGUAUCGUUACUAUUAACAUAGUAGAGCUUUCUUAAUGAAACAUAAUUACACCAGACAUUGUUAUAAAAUGUGUUCAGAAUUUGAGAUACGAUGAAGUUUUUGAAAGCUAGUUAUUGUUUUUGAUUAUUUAAUGGCACAUAGUUAUAUUGUUUUUAUUUAAAUUUGUUAUUUGUGCACAUGUAAAUAUGUAAAUAGUAAAACGUGUACAUAGAAAACAAUACUGUGCAAGGAAUAAGAUAUGCAAAGGUAGCUAAAUCUUGCUUGCACAAAUUAUUGAGACUUGUAAAGUUUACCUCCCUUAAAUGAAUUAAGGGGAACUGUGUAUGGACUAUUAUCUACCUAUCCAGAUUUCUUGUGUUCUAGUCAUCACAUUAGAAUAGAUAGUCAUUGAUUAUCUUGAUAUAUCAUUAUAUUAUUAGAAACAGGUGAUGAAAAAUAUAUAUGACCAUUCAGGAGAGUCAUUCUAGAAGUUAAGUAUAUUGAAAAAUAUUUUCAUUUGCUGACACCAGGUUAUGCAGACUUGGAUAGAAUUUUAAUCAGAUCUUGCAUGAUAUAGUCAGAGGUCCACAUACAUGUGAUAAGUUCAGAAUCCCAAAACUGGAGGAUUGCCAUUUUUCAGCUGGAGUUGGGGUCUCAAAACUGGAGGUUUUUAUCGACAUAUAUUAAGCGCGUGGACACAUAACUUAGAGGCAAAAUCCAACAUUUUUGGCCACACAAUAAUGUAUAUAAGUCUACACCAGAAGAAACAAUCCUCAUAACUCUUGAUUUGAAUUUUGACAGAGUUAUGCCACUUUUUAAUUUCAGUUUUUUUGUUAAAGUUUUAUAUAAUGUCUAAUAUCUCCGUUACAUACAAAGCUAUUGCCUAUUAUGCCCCUUUAACUGGCAAAACUUUAAUUCAGAGUCAAUCACUGAGAAAAGUCGAGCAUGCUAUCUUACAGAAGCUCCCUCUUGUUCUAACUUUAAACUUUCUUAACAGAUUAAAUUUGUAGAAACAAAGUCUCAAUUUAGGUCUGAAAUGAAGGUGAACAUGCAUUAACAUUAUUCUACUCGAGGACUUAAAAAAACGAA